AUGGCGUCGUCCGAAAAUGAGGUCCUAAAUGAUAUCCCCAAUUUCCUUCCCAGCCCCUUCCUAUUCUUCACAAACCUCCUCACUCUCCAAGCCCAGAUAUUCUCCACGUGCCUACUCAGCCUCGCCUCGCCCUUCUUUUCUAUCUUCUCUUUCUUCUUCCGCCGGCCGGCCGGCAACGAUUACCCAAAACGGGACGGCAGCCGCCUGCUGGGGAGGAUAGCGGCGGGGCUGAUGGCGGCAGCGUACGUCUGCGUGGUGUUGAUGUCAGCUUUGGCUGUGGCGGUGGUUUUAGGAGUGGGGCUCGUGAGAGCGUGGGCCGAGGGGCCUAUUUACACGAGGGCGGGCCUGCAGUUUGAUUACUCGGAGGCACACCCGGUGGCCGUGGUUCGGCUUGGUCCGGCGGCCCCAGUGGGCCACACCUAUCAUGUGUCCUUGCUUCUCUUGAUGCCCGAGUCUGAUUAUAACAGAGACCUCGGUAUAUUUCAGCUGAGUGCGGAGUUGGUAUCGGCACAAGGUGAUAUAAUCGCAAAAUCUAGUCAUCCGUGCAUGUUACGGUUCAGAAGCUGGCCCAUCAGGCUCACAAGAACAUUUCUGAUGGGUUUACCGCUUAUACUCGGCAUCACGACUGAAACUCAAACCAUCACCUUCCCAAUUCUAAAACAUAAAGAAAGCAGCAGCCAUCCCCGGACAGAAUACAUCCGGAUUACGAUGAUCCCCCGAGCAGGGACCGAAUCCCUUCCUCAGUUUUACGAUGCGGAGGUUCUCGUGAGAUCCCAGCCGCCAUGGGCCAAAGAAUUUGUUCACAGGUGGAAGUUGACUUUCUGCGUGUGGACAACUAUGUACGUGUUCGUAAUAUUGCUCGUUAUGGUUCUCGUGUCUUUCCUCAAGCCCCUCAUCUUUCCGGUCAUGGUGGUGACUACUCGAGAUUUAAUAUCUUCCGACAAGAGGGCGUCUGUGAAUACAUGGCAACAACACAGUAGGAGUAAAAGGAAGGCUGCCAUUAAUGUUCUUCAUGCACCAGCCACGAGUAUUUCGGCUUCUCAUGGGAUGGAUUUUGAAGAAGGCAGCGGGGACUCUUCAGAGUCUGUGUGUUUCUACAAGUGA